AUGGAAGAAGACGAUGUGAACCAAAGAAGCCUUCUUUUCUUUCCGAUCGACGCCCAAAUCUUCUCCCGCCUAACCCCUUUCUACUCCAUCUCCAAGCGUCUGCCUCUCUCUAAUCUGCAACGCCGCCGCCGGCAGCUUCCCCUCCACCUCUGGCAGCUUCACCAGCCCCGCCUCCGCCAGCUUCUGCAGAAAACAUCCUCGUCUUCAACCUCCUUAAACCCUUCCUUCGCUUCCCCGUUGCAAGUUUAA